AUGACGAUCAUUGCAUCGCUCAUCGGCAAAUUGCUGCCGCCAGACUUGAAGUCGCCAGACGCCGCGGCGACGACACCACCGGCUGCCAAGGCGACUGCCUCCCCUGCUCCUGCAUCCUCGCUGCCAGAGGCUCCAAGACAAACACCGACGACCGCCGUCUCCGCCCUCCAGUCUCAGCAACAGCCGCAGUCUCUUCCCCCGCACGACCAUUCCAUGUUCUCCUCCCGCUCCCUCAAGCAGCUCGGGCUUUUCUUUGCGGGUGCCACUUUCUUCGCACUUUCCACCACUCUGACACGGCGGACUGUCGCCCGCAAACAACUCGCCGCCCAGCUCAAGUUCUACUCGCCCAGCGGCUCCGGCCAGACGUCGUUGGGCAACGGUGCGGCCGCCGAGGCUGCGGCGGCUUCGGCGACCAAGGAAGAGGCGCCGCACGGCUCAUUUAUGGCCCUGGAGGCCCUGAACCUGGCCACGCUCAACGUGAUGAGCUUUUUUCUCAUGCUGACGGGCGGCAUGUCGUGGGCGCUGGACCUGAGCUCCAUGGACGACGUGCGGGCGCUGGCCCGACGCUACACACGCGGCCAGAAUCUGGAUGGGACGAUGAGCGGUGGCGGAAUGACGGACGAGGAGGCCGAGCGCGAGGUGGAGGAGUGGGUGGCCAAGAUUCUCAAAAAGUCAGACGGCACCCUGAUCGGCAGCAGCAAGAAAGGGAGCGGAGAGGACUCGAAAAAAUAG